CCGAGCCAGAGUUCCGGGUGCCCCAUGAGGCUGGAGGCCGCAGCCAGGAUGGACGUGUUCAGGAAGCUGUGGAGGGCCAGGAAACUGAUCGUGGUCGUGUUCAUCCCGCUGUCGCUGCUGCCGCUGCCGCUGGUCCACCCCACCAGCGAAGCGUGCUGUGCGUACGUGUUGAUGGUGACGGCGGUCUACUGGGUCUCGGAGGCCGUGCCCCUGGGGGCCGCUGCCCUGGUCCCGGCAUUCCUCUAUCCUCUCUUUGGCGUUCUCAAGUCCAGCGAGGUAGCAGCAGAGUACUGUAAGGACACCACUCUGCUGCUGAUGGGAGUCAUCUGCCUGGCCGCCUCCAUAGAGAAAUGGAACCUGCACAAACGCAUCGCACUGCGCAUGGUGAUGAUUGCAGGGGCAAAACCUGGGAUGCUGGUGCUGGGCUUCAUGUGCUGCACGGUCUUCCUGUCCAUGUGGCUCAGCAACACGUCCACCACCGCCAUGGUGAUGCCCAUCGCCGAGGCCGUCCUGCAGCAGCUCAUCUGCACUGGCCUGGCCGACUCCCACGACUACUCGGAGAGCGGCGAUGCUCCAGAAGAGGACAGCGCAGCUGUUUCAACCAAAGAGGAGAACCUGGACAAGAACCAGCUAGAGCUGCUCUAUCAGAAUGAACAGAAUGAACGCCCCAAACAGGAUCUCUGUUCCUUCACUGAGGGUCAGGCGGGUGAGCCGAACGGUUUCGGUCUUCAGCCCGUCUUGAACAAGACUUUUGUUCGACAGAGCAAUGGACACCUACCGCAGGUUGCCGUAGAGAUCCCAAACGUGAAGCGAGUGAGAGCCAGAAGAGACUCCCAGUACCCCACGAAGAGGGACCACAUGAUCUGCAAAUGCCUGUCGCUCAGCAUCACCUACGCAGCGACCAUCGGAGGACUGAUCACCAUCACCGGGACGUCCACCAACCUCAUCUUCGCCGAGCAGUUCAACACUCGUUAUCCGGAGGCGAAGGUGAUCAACUUCGGCACCUGGUUCAUCUUCAGCUUCCCCAUAGCCAUCAUCAUGCUGGUGCUCACCUGGCUCUGGCUGCACUUCCUCUUCCUCGGCUGCAACUUCAGAGAGACGUGUUCGCUGAGUAAGAAGCGCAAAACCAGGAGAGAAAUGAUGUCUGAGCAACGGAUCCAGGAGGAGUAUGCCAAGCUGGGCCCCAUCAGCUACCCUGAGGUGGUGACUGGGAUUUUCUUCAUCCUGAUGACUCUGCUGUGGUUCACCAGAGAGCCUGGCUUCGUGCCCGGCUGGACGUCGCUCUUUGAGAAGAAGGGCUACAGGACUGAUGCAACCGUGUCCGUCCUCCUGGGCUUCCUGCUCUUCCUCAUCCCCGCCAGGCGUCCCUUCUCAUCAUCCUCACCCAGCUGCAGUAACUCUGAAGACAGUUCAGAUCCUGACCCUCUCGCCCCCAUGAUCACUUGGAAAGAUUUCCAGAGGUUGAUGCCGUGGGAGAUUGUGAUCCUGGUGGGAGGAGGAUACGCGCUCGCCGCUGGCUGCAAGGUGUCAGGCCUGUCGGUGUGGAUCGGCAGGCAGCUGGAGCCCAUGAGUGGCCUUCCGCCCUGGGCCGUCACCCUGCUGGCCUGCCUCCUGGUGUCGGCGGUCACAGAGUUUGCCUCCAACCCAGCAACCCUUACAGUCUUCCUGCCCAUCCUGUCAGCUCUGUCGGAGACCCUGCUCAUCAACCCCCUCCACACUCUGAUCCCGUCCACCAUGUGCGUGUCAUUUGGGGUCAUGCUUCCAGUGGGGAACCCCCCCAACGCCAUCGUCUUCAGUUACGGCCACGUGAAGAUCAGCGACAUGGUGAAAGCAGGGUUUGGAGUGAACCUGAUCGGCGUGGCGGUGGUUAUGUUAGCCAUCACCACUUGGGGCGUCCCGCUUUUCAACCUGACCGAGUUCCCCGCCUGGGCAGUGGCCAGAAACGUCACCGGAGGCUUAUAACCAACGCCGGGCUAAGGCCCGAGCCAAUAGGAAGGGGUUGGGGCAGGGGGUAAAAUUAGAAAGAGAAGAGGUUUUUAUGAAGAAGACAAACAAAACAUGAGAGUCAAAAGGAUCGUCUUCCCCAGAAAGAGACUGAGAGAACUGGCCUUAUGGAAAGGAAGACGAGAGAAAAUGGUGGAAAGCUAGCUUAGCUAGAAUAUUAGCUUCAGUUUAAGUUGGCCAUAUUGUGCUCUGGGGAAAAAACGAACUUCAACUAAUUAACUUUACCUCUGUUGCUACAAAUACACUGAUUCUUUCAAAGAAGCAAUACAAAUUAGAAAGCUAAUUGAGGCAAAUUAAGAGCUCAUAUUGUAUUGACAUUUCAAGUAUAUAACAGAACUAAGAGGUUUUUUUUUUGUUUUUUGUUUUUUACAAAUUCACCAUGAAUGAAAUGUGUCUUAAUGUAUUCUUUGUACGCUUGCAGUAAACGUUACAAUAGAAAUAAGCUAACUAGCCACUUGUUAGAAACCUCUUUUAUGCUUUACCUAAAUGUGCAUGUUACCGUAGCGCACUGGUCAACUGGUUAAAGAGAGGUUUCUGCUGUGGUUAUGGAUGUACUGUAUCAAUACACUCACUGAUUAAAACGAUAAAGAGGAAGAACUCAGAAGAAACUGGCGUAAUACUGUGGCGGGUAUGUUUCUAGUUUGACUUUUAACACUCUGGUACAUCUAGAAAACAUAAUUUGUCCGCAAAAGCCGAUGGGGCUGCAGCAAGUGGGCUAGAAUGUUCAACUGUUAGCAUAAGCUAACAUUAAUGGCUUUUAGUGGGUCUACAAAGCAUCAUCUGUGUCUGGUGUACAGAUGCAACUACAGCAACAGUUUUUACCUUGAUGAAAUCAUGAUACGGGCUAGUUAAGUCUGAACCGACAACACACCAGCAUUCUGAUUCAUGUGUGUUUAUGACUGGAGAAGGUACUGUAAGCUCUUUAAUGAGGUUAAAAUCUUUAUUUUUUUAAGAUCUGAAUGAAUUAUUUGUUAGCCUCUCAUUGUGAAGAGCUACAAGAACUUCUGUCUUAGCUUUAUUGACAUUUUUAACUUCAGACAGUCCUGCUAUUAGCAGAACUCCAGCUACAAUGCUAGCAAAGAUAUGAGAAGCUAGCAACAAGUUUAACAGACUAAAUUAACACUGGUGAAUGCAAACACCCAGCUCAAAAUGAUCUAAGCUGCUGGAGAGUGAUGCUAACUGUAUGAACUUAAAAAAAAAAAAACCUACAUGAAAUAUUUAGCAUCUGGUGCUCUUUUGUAGUCCAAAUGUCUGCUUUACUGAGAAGAUGGAGAUGCUGCUUUUGAUGGACAAUCCAAAAACCUGGAGCUGUUAUUAUUGGAGUUAACCUUCAGAAAUUGUACUAUAAUUUUUUCAUUCCUACUCCAGUGAUCUUCACUCACCAUUUUGACUGUUAACUGCCUGUAGCACCAUCGCUCAAAUUGUGAUGCUGCCACUUCUCCACUCA